UUCACUACAACUAAACGACAACAUUAGCAGCUGCCUUCCUCCUUCCUCCUUCCUCUACACACCAGCAGAGCAAAGCAAUCAUCCUAAACCAAAUAAACCCAAAACCUCUCAUCCAUUGAUCCAGCCUUCGAACCCUCCUUUUCACCAUGUUUCGCUCUCUUUCCCUUAAGCGCUCUUUCCAAACCCACCUCAAAACUCUCAUCCAUUGCCCUCAACCACCUCCUCCACUGCCGCUCCCUUUCUCUCCAAUCCGCACCCUCUCAACCGCCUCUUCCUCCGACUCCGAGCUCCGUAAAUACCUCGGCUACACCGCCCUCCUCAUCUUCUGCGGCGCCACCACUUACUACUCCUUCCCGUUCCCCGACAACGCCAAGCACAAAAAGGCCCAAAUCUUCCGUUACGCCCCACUCCCGGACGACCUCCACACAGUCUCCAACUGGAGUGGGACCCACGAGGUCCAGACCCGACAUUUCCACCAGCCCGAGAAUCUUCAGCAACUAGAGCAGUUGGUUAAGGAGUCGAACGAUAAGCGGACUAAGGUUCGACCCGUCGGGUCUGGGUUGUCUCCGAAUGGGAUUGGGUUGGCCCGUGGAGGGAUGGUGAAUUUGGCGUUGAUGGAUAAAGUGGUGGAGGUGGAUAAGGAGAAGAAGAGGGUGAGGGUUCAAGCGGGUAUAAGAGUGCAGCAAUUGGUGGAUGAGAUUAAGGAAUAUGGCUUAACUCUUCAGAAUUUCGCUUCCAUUAGAGAGCAGCAGAUUGGUGGCAUUCUUCAGGUUGGUGCUCAUGGUACUGGAUCAAAAUUGCCUCCCAUUGAUGAACAGGUCAUUCGCAUGAAACUUGUUACCCCUGCCAAGGGAACAAUAGAGCUUUCAAGAGAGGAAGACCCAGAGUUAUUUUAUUUAGCUCGCUGUGGUCUUGGUGGCCUUGGAGUGGUUGCUGAAGUCACCAUUCAAUGUGUUGAAAGACAAGAGCUUGUGGAGCACACAAGUGUCUCAAACAUGAAAGACAUCAAGAAAAACCACAAGAAGAUGUUGUCUGAGAAUAAGCAUGUCAAGUACCUGUACAUUCCCUACACUGACACUGUUGUGGUUGUGACAUGCAACCCUGUUUCAAAAUGGAGAGGUCCACCCAAAUUCAAACCCAAAUAUACUAAGGAUGAGGCUAUGCAGCAUGUUCGUGAUCUCUACAAGGAAUCUCUUAAGAAGUAUAGGGCUAGAGAAAUUACUUCUACAUCUCCUGAUAGCAAUGACCCAGACAUAAAUGAGUUUUCAUUCACAGAGUUAAGAGAUAAACUGCUUGCUCUUGAUCCUCUCAACAAAGAUCAUGUCAUGAAGGUUAAUCAUGCUGAGGCUGAAUUCUGGAGAAAGUCUGAGGGAUAUCGAAUUGGAUGGAGUGAUGAAAUCUUGGGCUUUGAUUGUGGAGGGCAACAAUGGGUAUCAGAAACCUGUUUUCCUGCUGGAACUCUUUCCAAGCCUAGCAUGAAGGACCUUGAGUAUAUAGAGGAGCUGAAGCAACUCAUUGAGAAGGAAGAGAUACCUGCUCCUGCUCCUAUUGAGCAGCGCUGGACAGCUUGCAGCCAGAGCCCGAUGAGUCCUGCUUCAAGCUCAGCGGAAGAUGACAUAUUUUCAUGGGUGUUGCCUUUUCCUCUCAAAUAUGAUCUGAAGUGUGCACUUUUCCUCCUACCAGCCAUGAAGCUAAGGUUCCAGUAUAAUUACACUUUCUGUGGGCUGCUAACAGGAUGAGAAGAUAAUUAUCUAACUUACAAUGACAAAAUAAAUCUAUUCAUAAAUGGAUCAUGACAAAAAUUUUGAGUGUUCGAUAGAAACUUUUCUAGUCUAUUCCUUCCCCUUAUUUCCUUGCGUAAAUAUCGAAACUGGGGAAGUAUUUUCCUUUGCUUACAUGCUACAUUAGUUCCAUUCUUUCUUAUCCCUUGAUAGCAUAAUCCUCUGCCAACUCACCUUGUGGCAGGCAUCUAUUUGGUAGUGUAAGUAAUAAAACAUGAGAAUUUAAUUUUGGAUUGAGCUCAUACUAAUUAAAAGAAAGUUAUGAAAAAAAAAAAUUGCAUUCUUCCUACUAGACAUGAAGCUAAGGGUCCAUUAAUUUCACGAAAAUGAACUUCUGCAAAAUUAAAAUUUUCCAUACUAGGCAUUUUCUGGAAAACAUAACAUUUUCUAUUGUUUUGAUGAUAUUGUGAAAAAUGAUUUCUGAUGUUUGGAUUACACUAUGGAAAAUAUUUUUUCGAAACUUAUUAUUUUCAUUUAAAUUUUUCAUGAAUUUUUAAUAUGGAAAAACACUCAUAAAGCAUUUCAAAUUUUAAUCAAGUCUACAGUUUCUUAAUAUCAUAAAUUUGUUCUUGCUAAUUGAACUAUGCAUUUUUCAUUGUUAUUAACAUCUUCCAUAAUUUAUAACCAACUUAUGGAAAACUCCAAACUUCAAACUUCAUAAAUACCCAAAGUAAAUUAUUCAAAACUCAAAAUAAAAUUUCAAUUCAUAUGUUGAUUUGAGUAGCAAAUUUUGAAAAAAAAAACAAAAAUCAAUGCUUUUGUCUCAAUCGGAAAGAACCCAAAAAGUUCUCAUUGACUUGACUUGUUUCAAAAACUUUUCAUGGUUGAAGCUUCAAAUGCUGCAAA